UUCAUUUCUCAUCCACACUCACACUAAACCAUCUCACUGAGAAGCCAGAAGAGUUUUGCACUGAUAAUGGCUACAAUGAGAUGUCAGCCAUUGCCAUUCUUUAGAACCAACAAUGCCACUUCCAUCAUCUCUUGCACCAUGCAACCAUCUCAGAACAACAUCAAGGUGAUCAUUAAUGGUGCCACAAAGGACAUUGGAAAGGCAGCAAUCUUGGCUGUGACUAGAGCCAGAGGAAUGGAAGUAGCUGGUGCUGUGGAUUCUCAUUUUAUAGGACAAGAUGCUGGCAAGAUAUGUGGAUUGGAUGAGCCUUUGGAGAUUCCUAUUAUCAAUGAUUUGACAAUGGUUUUAGGCUCCAUAUCUCAGUUGAAGGCAACUGGUGUAGUGGUUGAUUUCACUGAUCCCUCUACUGUUUAUGACAAUGUCAAGCAGGCUGCAGCUUUUGGAUUAAACAGUAUUGUCUAUGUGCCAAAAAUUAAGUUAGAGACCAUAACUGAGUUAUCAGCAUUCUGUGAGAAGGCUAGCAUGGGAUGCCUUGUUGCACAGACACUAUCUAUUGGCACUGUGUUACUCCAACAAGCAGCAAUUUUAGCUUCCUUUCAUUACAACAAUGUUGAGAUUGUGGAAUCAAGUCCUGAUCCUUCAGAACUCCCGUCUCAAGAAGCAGUUCAAAUUGCUAACAAUUUGUCUGAUUUAGGCCAGUUUUACAACAGGGAAGACAUCGACACAGAAAACCCGGCAAGAGGUCAACUUCUUGGUGAUGAUGGAGUUCGAGUUCACAGCAUGGUCCUCCCUGGAAUUUCCUCAAGCACAACAGUUCACUUUUCAAGGGCAGGAGAGGUGUACUCUCUUAAACAUGACAUCACAGACAUAGAAUGCCUCAUGCCAGGCUUAAUCUUGGCCAUCAGGAAGGUUGUUAGACUGAAGAGCCUGAUUUAUGGGUUGGAGAAGUUCCUAUAAUCACAAAGCUAUGUUCAAGAAGUAUGCAAGAAUUCUGAUUGUUGAUGCCAAACUCCAAGAGACAAAGGAAAUUUCAUUCUUCCCCUUUAAAGUACUUGAUUGAAUCUUAAUCCUUGAGGGUCAUUGUAGCUUACAAACGACUGGUAUAUUUUCUUUCAACGGAAAAAAUUUGAGGAAAAGAAAACAGCAGACAAUAC